CACAAUCUUCAUUCAGCAGCAUCAGCCGAAGCAGCAUCAGCAUCGUCUUCCUUGGUCAUCAUCAUCAUCAGCAGCAGCACCAUCAGCAGCAACAACAUCGUCAUCAUCAUCAGCAGAAGAAGAAGCAACUGCUCCAUUCAAUACAAACAUCUUCAUCCAUCAUCAUCAGCAGCAGCUGCAGCAACAACAUCAUCAUCAUCAGCAGAAGAAGAAGAAGCAACUGCUCCAUUCAUUACAAACAUCUUCAUCCAUCAUCAUCAGCAGCAGCACCACCAUCAGCAGCAACAAUAUCGUCAUCAUAAUCAUCAGCAGCAGCAACAACAACAUCAUCAUCAGCAGCAGGAGCAACUGCUCUAUUCAUUACAAACAUUUUCAUCCAUCAUCAUCAGUAUGCAGCAAGUAACGGAGCUCUUUAAACCGCUAAUACGCAUAAGGUGCUGAUAGGCAGCAAAGUAGUAGCGAGGGAACAUCUCUCGGAUAAUAAUGGCAUCUUAUACAUUCGGUGUAAAUCUUGUCGGGAGAAAGAUACGGUGCAUCUAACCAGAGGUAUCGACGUGAUCGAGAAAUAUUUACGAUUUAGCUCACAGAUGCAUCUCUCACGGAGGGAGAUGCAUCAAGGAGAUACGUCUCAGAGGUAAUUCGCCGAUAACGUCUCACGUUUCAGGGCGAGAAAGCUGCGGUCCAUCUCUCAGAGAUGCAUCUACGGUACAUCUCAUAGAUAGCUACAGCGUCGAUCUCACGGGAGAGACAUCUCACAGAGAUUCAAGUAACCCGAUAUUUCACGGGGAGAGCAAUCUCGUCGUGUUUAAAGCCACGGAACAUCUCCUCGCAGAGAUGUAUCUCAGGAAUAACUGAAGUACAUGUUGCAGAAGCACAUCGCACGGAGGUAUACAUCUCGUAGAGAUACAGCUCCGGCACAUAUCACAGAAUACAUCUCGAGCGAGAGAGACGCAAAACGCAUCUCACCAUGUAUCUCAUAUAGAGAUAUCUGAGAUGCAUCUCAUCAUGCAUCUUACAUAGAUAUAUCCAUAACAUUCACAUCUCAGUGGCACGCAAACGAUACAUAUACAUCUCAGAGAGGUAUCUGCGGUGCAUCUUAGAAAUACAUCUCGAGAGAUACAUUGAGCGUGCAUCUCAUGCAACAGAUACAUCUCAGAGGGAAGAUACAUCCACAGUGCAUGGUUCUAACAGAGAUACCUCUCAUAGAGAAGAUACACUCACUCGGCUCCGUCUAACAGAGGUGCAUCUCAUCACACAGAAGUACAUCUCAUCACACAGAGGUACAUCUCAUCACACAGAAGGGCAUCUCAUCACACAGAGGUACAUCUCAUCACACGGAAGUACAUCUCAUCACACAGAGGUACAUCUCAUCACACGGAAGUACAUCUCAUCACACGGAAGUGCAUCUCAUCACACAGAAGUACAUCUCUCUCCGUUCAACAGCUGUUGCCGUGGACGAAAAAAACAGGAGCGAGAUUCGUCCUGGGCCAACAUCAUCGUCAACAUCAUCGUCAACAUCAUCAGCAGCAUCAUCAUCUUCAUCACUAACAGCAGCAGAAGCAACAUCAUCAGCAGCAGCAUCAUCAUCAUCAUAAACAUCAUCAUCAGCAAUAUCAUCAUCAACAACAACAUCAUCAACAACAUCAUCAUCUAACGGCUCCAUCCACAGUUUAUCAUCUCGCUGUAAUCGUUUAAUCACACACACACACGCGCGCGCACAUACACGCGUGUGUGUACGUGCGUGCGUCUCUAUUUUAUCAGCAUCGUAAUUAACUAAGCAUCGAGCCGAUGUAGAUGCAUUGAGAGAGAGAGAGAGAUGCACAAUAUAAUAAUUAUUGUGCGUGUGUGUGUGCAAUAUGUAAUAUAUAAUUAAAUAGGAGAGAGAGAGACAUAUAUAAAUAGACAGGCGGUUGUAAGCAAUGGGUCUCGGGGACGGAUAGGCCGGUUUGAAAGAACGGACCGCAUGAAUGAAAAUGUCGAACGGAUUCAUUGGACGAGCAAGCUCUCUCAUCGUCUGCUCAUUAGGCUAAUGACGACGAUGCUAAUAAUCUAGGCGGUUAUGGGUUCGGGGUUACGGUUAAACCGAUUCGUAUGGGGGUGACGGACAGACGUUGUGCAGACAGCUCACAGCCACAAAACAACUUCCAUCAUUCACGAAUUCAUUCAUUCUUUCAUCCCGCUCACUCAUUCAUCGCUCGCCCAAUCAAUCAGGACCGUCGCCAAUGCAUCUCCCGCAUUAGCCCAGGAUAUGCCAGCUACGGAAUUAACAGUCAUUAAUUAAUUGCCAUUAAUUGCCAUUAAUUAAUCGCCAUUAAUUAAUCGCCAUUAAUGUUUUAAUAAACAACCCCAGGCGCCGGCCAUCAGCUGUGAGAGGCGCGCAUUCGGUCGUGUGGGUUUUCUUUGCGUCUUCAUUCAGUCACCCGGCAGCGGCGUUCACCGCUCGCACGUCCAUUCCUCUGGCGUUAACCUCACACCCUCGUGGUGGUGGUGGUGGUGGUCUUGGUUGAGGAGGAGGAGGGGUCUUCGAGCCGCAUGACGAUGUCCAGUCGUCGAACCUGGUCUACUCCUCCACCGUCCGCUGCUGCUGCUGCUCGUUAUUCUCUUACCGCCUCUGCUGCUGCUGCUACUGCAGUUUCACCUCCUCCUCCAGCUCUUCCUCGUCCACCACCACCACCACCUCCUCCUGCUGCUGCACCGGCCGCUGCCGGCACGGCCACGACUACUCCCACGACUGCCAGCUACUGCUGCAUCGUCCCUGCUGCUGCAUCGACGCCUUCGCCACGACCAUCAUCGCCGUCGCCAUGGGCGUCUGCGAGAGAGGGGUCCAAACCUUGCUCACGACCGGCGGCGCGUUCGCUGCCUUCGGCCUCAUGAGCAUCGCCGUAGGCACAGACUUCUGGCUCUACUCGAGGGGCAACUGCCGCAGCAAGGGUGGCGGAGGGGAAAACGACACGAGUCGUAAGAACGAGGAGGUGCUCACCCACUCUGGACUGUGGCGGACCUGCUGCUUGGAAGGUUCUCUGAAGGGGCGCUGCAAGAAAAUUGAUCAUUUUCCUGAAGAUGCCGACUUCGACUCAGCCGAGUACCUGAUGCGCGUGGUGCGAGCCUCUAGCGUGUUUCCCAUACUGAGCGUGGCGCUGCUUCUCUUUGGGGGGCUGUGCAUCGCUGCGAGCCGCUUCUACAAAUCCAAGAACAACAUUGUGCUCAGCGCGGGGAUCUUCUUCGUCUCUGCAGGUCUCAGCAACAUCAUCGGCAUCAUCGUCUACAUCUCGGCCAACGUGGGCGACCCCAACCAAAGCCAGUCGAAGAAGAACAACUACUCGUACGGCUGGUCCUUCUACUUCGGGGCGCUCUCCUUCAUCGUCGCCGAGAUGGUCGGCGUCCUCGCCGUGCGCAUCUACAUCGACAACCACCGGCUGGAGCGGGCGCGCUUCCGCCCGGACUUCCUGCGCAAGUCGGCCGCGUCGUCGUCGUCGGCCGCGGCGGCGGCCGCGGCGGCCUCGCGUGUCCCCGCCGCCUACGUCUACCGCUACCGACGCCGCUCGCGCUCGCCGUCGCGCUCGCGCUCCCGCUCGCGCUCCAGCUCGCGGUCGAGCGAGGCGCCGCUGUCGUCCCUCCACCAGCAGCAGCAACAGCAGCAGCAGCAGCAGCAGCUGCACCAGCAGCAGGGUUCCAUGGGCAUGCCGAUGUCGAUGCAGAUGACCAUGCCCCUGCAGAUGACCAUGCCGCUCUCCAUGCAGAUGACGAUGCAGCAGCAGCAGCAGCAGCAGCCGCACUCCCGCGACGGUUCGCCCGUCGCGGCCAAGGGCUUCUCCUCCGUGGCCUCGCAGGGCCUGCAGGCCGCCGCGGGCCAGCAGGCCGUGGCAGUGGCGGGGCAGUCGCAGGCGUCGGCGGGAGACAUCGCCAUGUACACGCUGGGGCGCGGCGACGCCGGCGGGAAGCAAGUGGGCGGCGGAAAUGUGGCGGCGGCCGGAGGCGGCGGCGGCGGCGGCGGUGGCGGCGGAGGAGGAGGAGGAGGAGGCGGGGGGGGGCCCUUCAACAAUUCAGGAGGAGUUGGAGGAGGAGCGGGAGGAGCUGCCGGGAUGAACGUGGGCGGGGAGGGAGGAUUCGUGCAACACUCGCACAACUGCGUGCACAAGGAGAUGCAGGACACGCUCACGUCGACCAUCACGAACCGCAGGACCACGCCGGUGUGACGGGGGCCCUCCUGCUCCUCCUCCGCCUCCUCCUCAACAUCCUGCUCAUCGACGUCGUCGCGGGAAUCCAGGGAUGGGCUGCGUAAUAACGACCGAGUAGAACUUUUCACGUUUGUAUCUAUUUUUUUUUCCCCGCUUCAGAAAUCCAAGUCGGUGCCCCGGUGGCCUAGGCAGUUCUGGCGCGGCUUAUGAAGCCGAGCCGCGCCGCUGACGUCACGAACGAGUUCACGCGCGAGGAGGCGGCGACGGAACGGGUCGAGGCGCGCGUUGGCCACGCGGCAACGCCGUCUGUGUGCCCCCCCCACCCCAUCACCACCCCCGCCGCAUCCGUACUGGACGACGUCACGCGGCGCCACGAACGCGGUCAUUCGCCCGCCCCUGGCCCUGCUUGGCCCCCACCUCCCCACAACUAGAUUCUGACGUCUUCUCGUGAGGCCGGGGGGCACGUCACGGUUUCGGUUCUGGCUCGCCACGGGCAAACGGACAGUGGCGAGCUGCCCCGCCGUUACUGCCUGUGAGCGCCACCGUGCUGCCUCGGCUCGGAUGAUGUGCCCGUGGAAGAAAAAGA